UAAAAUGUAAAGGGAAGGAGGGACUAACCCGGUGACACUGCAUCCUGCGGUCUAUCUGCCAUGUCUUAUGCGAAUCAGCGUUAAUAGAGGAGACGUGGAACCAUAACUAAAAAGCACAUGUGUGCAUGGAAUGCGCAAGUAGUCAUCUAGACGACAGUUGCACGCAUGCAUCGCAGAGGAAAACCAGGCCGAAAGAGGAAUGCAGUUCGAAUAAAGGGAUAGUCCAGCAAAGGGAAAAGAGGAGAUAGUACACAUUCUAUUACAUUCGUUAACGUGUUAUGUUAAUCUGGAGGAUGAGGAAUGUUGAGUAUUGAAGAAAGAGAAAUAAAAAUAUUGAGAAAGGAGGAAAGAAGUACGUAGAGAGGGGCCGAUGAUUCCAAUGACCGGAAAUACGUCGUCACGAAGAUCCUGUAAUCGUGGACUCGGCGUACCGUAUCUUUGGCGGGUCUAAGCCCACGUGGGGUGUCCUGUACGAGUACCGGAAAAUUGGCGGAAGCAUGUUUUGACGACGAGAGAAGAUGCGGCCACAGGACCACGCCAGGGGGCAAUGGAGAACGCUGCGAUCCACGUGGAUUGUGCUCCUCGCGCGUUCGCUGCUUCUGCCGGUACUCAUCGCAUCCGGUUUGCAGUCAAAUGCAGCGGAUGCCGCGCUGCAAGACGCAGCGAAGAACGUGACUGAUCUAAUUGAAGCCACGGGGAUGCAAGAGCAACUCUUUGGAGUGAGAAGGACGGAAAGUCGCUGCAGAGAUGGCACGGUUGCGUAUGACAUCAUGGAAGCCGCGAUCCUGAUGACUCCUACCAAUACGCUAUUUCCGACCGGUGUACCACAGGAUUUCUCUAUCUUAGUUGUUGCAAAGCCGAUGCAAGCUAACGAGUCAACGACUAAAGAUUACUCCACGUCAGUACUCUUCACUAUCUAUGGUGACAGAGGCGAGGAACAGUUGAUUCUUUCGUUGGGACGCGAUAUUAAACUCUUCUAUAACACAAAUUCGGACGAUAGGAGUGAACCGAUUUCCUUUGGUGUCGAUGUUUCUGACGGGCGGUGGCAUCGAUUGGGAGUUAGCAUCAAGGGCGAUGCUGUUACGAUUAUUCUCGAUUGUGACAGGCACAUCACGAAAAAGUUGCGGAGGAACCUCGAGAAACCGAUCGCCGGCAUCGUCAUGAUUGGACAGCAACUUAAGGGCGAUUUAUAUCUGGGAAGUCUUGAGAUGUUGAAGAUUUCUGUAAAUCCGGACGCUGCUUACGAAAUCUGCACACUGUUUGCCCCAGAUUGCGAGCACCAAUCAAGUACAUUGAAUUAUAAUUCAUCUUUUAACGAAGAUGAUUACAAAGAGGAGACUGAGAAAGAUUCGGAUGAAGAUGAUAACGGAGACUUUCCACUUCAUGAGACGAUCAAUACAAUUAAUGUAUUUCGAUCAACAGAGAAUCCUAUAUUUUAUGAAAUGGAAACGACGAUGACGACGACGACUGCGAAUGUGUACAAUACGGAAUCAAAUUAUCAGCAAAAUUACGGGGAAUUAGCAAAUAAUCCUUAUGAUGGAGAUUAUGUAAAGCGUUAUAAUACCCGAGGUCCAUCUGGACCCCGUGGGUUUCCCGGGCCGCCAGGAGUACCCGGCUUUUCCGGCAAGAAAGGCGAACCCGGUCGAGAUGGACUGUCUGGAUUGCCAGGUGUAUCGGGUCCACCAGGCAACGUCUUCGUGAUACCUACAGUGAAUCAACAGGAUAACGAAAAGGGGCCGGAUUCUCAAGCGGAAAUGUUGCGACAGUUGAUAUCUCAACAUAUGCAUGCGAUAAGAGGCGUAGAAGGCCCGAUGGGUCUUACGGGCGUUCCGGGUCCAGAUGGUCCGCCUGGACCUCAGGGUCAGAAAGGAGAACCUGGAGAAAUUGGCGAACCUGGACCUAGAGGGGACCAAGGAAGUCCCGGAAAUCCUGGUAGGGAGGGUAGAAGAGGUCAUCCCGGCAGAGACGGUGAACGCGGCCUCAGUGGACCACCAGGGACAAAAGGCGAACAAGGGCCAAUAGGAUUACCAGGUCUACCGGGUGAUAAAGGUGAACGGGGACCCUCAGGAAAAUCUGGAGAACUAGGUUUACCAGGCCACGAAGGAAUGCAGGGUGAAGACGGCCCUCCGGGGUUACCAGGCUUACCUGGUGAAUUGGGUCCGAGAGGUUUUAUUGGAUCAAGAGGUUUCCCCGGAUUACCGGGUAAUCCUGGUAUUCCUGGAAGUGAAGGGCCACCCGGUAUUAAAGGUAAUGCUGGUCCACUCGGUCCACCUGGGGCACCGGGACAAUCAGGACCUGCAGGCUCAAUAGGAUCGCCAGGACCUCAAGGUCUACCAGGGCCGAUCGGCUUAGUUGGUCCACAAGGAAAGCCCGGAAUUCCCGGUCUUCCGGGUGCUGACGGAUCUCCUGGACUUCCGGGGAAUCCUGGAAUUCCAGGAAUGAAGGGCGAGCAAGGCCCACCGGGCUCACAGGGACCGGUGGGAUUUCCGGGUGUCCGAGGUGUGAAGGGUGACGAAGGGCAACGUGGUCCACUGAGUGAACGCGGCGAAAAAGGGGAGAGAGGUUUGGAGGGUGAAAAAGGCGACGCAGGAAUGAAGGGAGAGCCCGGAGCGACAGGCCCGCAGGGAAUUCCUGGCCUCGAAGGUUUGGAAGGGCCGAAAGGUUUCGAGGGACCUCGUGGUGAAACUGGGUCCGCAGGCUCGCCCGGAGAAAAAGGAAAGAUAGGCAUACCGGGAUAUGCUGGCUAUCCCGGAAAUUCUGGAGAAAAGGGGGACAAAGGGCAACUAGGAAUUCAAGGGCCAAGCGGCGAUAAAGGAGAAAGAGGAAACAGCGGAUUACAAGGAGAACGUGGUACAACAGGCCCACGGGGCUUUAGAGGAACUCGUGGUAGAAGAGGAGCGGAAGGAUUACCAGGACCAAAAGGCGACACUGGUCAGCCAGGACCCCCUGGAUCAUCAGGCGAUGUUGGUCCUCCCGGUGUUGAAGGUUCACGUGGAUUCGUGGGACCAUCGGGUCCACCAGGUCUCGAUGGAAAGGACGGUAUACCAGGUCCGCCCGGCGAGCGUGGUCCAGCUGGCGAAUCGGGACCUACAGGACCUCCGGGAAUUCCCGGUGUUAUUGGUCCUCCAGGACCACCUGGAGAACCUGGUCAACCAGGCGAACUUGGAGCACCUGGCAAUCCGGGAGCUCCGGGUGAGAUUGGUCUACCGGGUGAACAAGGGAAAGAAGGACCGCCGGGUCUAGUCGGCCUGAUGGGAAUCAAAGGAUUGCCGGGUCCUGGCGGAUUACCAGGAUUUCCAGGUGAAAGAGGUCUGAGCGGUCUGCCGGGAUUGCCUGGCUUGAAAGGUGAGAUGGGACCUGUCGGAGCUCAGGGACCGCCUGGCGAUAAGGGUGCUCAAGGUGAUCCCGGUAAAGAUGGACCACCAGGCCCAGAAGGGAAGCAAGGACACAAAGGAUACAAGGGUUCUACCGGACUCAAAGGCGAAAAAGGCGAUCCUGGAUCAGCUGGACCUAUAGGUCAUGAUGGUCUACCAGGACAACGAGGUUUACCUGGGUCACCUGGACCAGUUGGUUCCCCGGGCGAAGACGGCGAUAAAGGAAAUGUAGGUCCACCCGGCGAAAAAGGAUUUAAAGGAUCUCAGGGGAAUAUAGGCCUUCCGGGCCCACAAGGAGUACAAGGACCACGUGGUGAACCUGGUGCGGUAGGUCUUCCUGGAGAGAAAGGACUACCAGGAGAGAUUGGACCGCGAGGGUCAAAAGGCGAGGUUGGUCCGGUCGGAGCAACUGGGCCAGCUGGGCCUGUAGGACCGAAUGGUUUACCGGGUCAACCAGGGCCAAAAGGCGAAGUCGGAGAUCCUGGAGCGAUUGGUCCUGUAGGGCUACCGGGAACUCCCGGAGAACGAGGUCCGAGAGGGUCAAAGGGCCUUAAGGGUGCAGAAGGCCUGCCGGGUCCAGAGGGUCGUCAAGGCGAAAAAGGAGACAGUGGAACGCCAGGACCUCCCGGAAAACCAGGAGUGGAGGGCAAACAGGGAGAAAGAGGUCCACCUGGAACGAAAGGGGAAGAAGGCAAGAUAGGAUUUCUUGGACUUUCUGGACUACGAGGAUUAACCGGUCCCGAGGGACCAAAAGGUGACGUUGGAUUACCUGGUCUUCCUGGUCCAUCCGGAGAACCUGGUCUUAUAGGCGCGAAAGGCGAGACUGGAAAGGACGGCGAGGAUGGACGCGCAGGCGAUCCUGGCGUACCAGGCGAAGCUGGGUUACCUGGCAAGGAAGGAUUACCGGGUCCUCCCGGGAAACCGGGUCCAGAAGGGCCGGCGGGUCAGCAAGGUAAUACAGGUUUGCCAGGAGAGAAAGGAGACAUUGGUCUUCCUGGAGAGCCGGGUCUUGAAGGGCCUAUCGGACCUCAAGGUCCUCCUGGUUUGCCUGGUUUUCCAGGAGUAAGAGGUUUGCCGGGCGCUGCCGGGGAAAACGGUCUCUUAGGCAUGCCGGGAGCCACUGGCGCUCCUGGGAUUAUCGGGCCGAUCGGUCCGAAAGGCCAGAAAGGUGAGAAAGGUCGCAGAGGUAUUAAAGGACAUCGAGGCGAACCGGGACUCGUUGGAAUUAAAGGCGACUACGGAAAGCGGGGAGAAAAAGGUGAUCGCGGAUUGCCUGGGAUGGAAGGGCCCAAAGGAAAUCCUGGACGCGCAGGUCACGAUGGACCCAGAGGAGAACUAGGAUUUGUCGGUUUACCUGGACCACCAGGACCAUCCGGGCCGAAAGGUUAUGCUGGGAAUGACGGGAUGCGAGGUGACGCAGGUCCGCCGGGUCCGCCAGGACCACCAGGGCCGCCUGGUCUAUCAACGGGACAAUUCGAUUUCGAGGGGAUAAUACCGCCGACGAUAUUUCGUGAUCAAUCGGCCAAAAGAAAACGCGACGCUUCCGAAAAUAUCGAGGAAGAUGAGAUAUUUGACAAGAAGCUCUUAGACAUAAACAAGUCUUUUUUAAACAUACAACAACAAUUGCAUUUAAUGCGUAAGCCAAUUGGUACCAGAGAAAUUCCGGCGAGAACGUGCAGAGAUCUGUUUUACGGACACCCCGAUUUGAAGGAUGGUUGGUAUUGGAUCGAUCCAAACCUGGGCAUGUCUGACGACGCUAUCAGCGUGUUCUGCAACAUCACGAACAUGGGCGAGACUUGCGUCUUUCCGGAUAUCCACAGUAGUCUCAUGCCGAACAUACCGUGGAGGAAAGAAGACAAUAAAACCGACUGGUACUCACAUUUACGUGGAGGAUUUAGAAUAAGUUACGAGACGAUCGGAGUAGUGCAGAUGAACUUCCUGCGUCUGCUCAGUCAAGAAGCUUACCAGAACUUUACGUACACGUGCAUGAACAGCGUCGCCUGGUAUGACGGUGAAGAUCGGGAUUACAAUCUCUCGGUGCGAUUACUCGGCGACAACGAGGAUGAAUUCUCGUUUAACGGUAUUAUGCCUCAUGUCAUCGCGGACGGGUGCAAGAGCCGGAGUGGCAAGGAGGAGACCGUGUUCUUAAUUCGCACCAGGAAGCUGCAGCAGCUCCCGCUGGUCGAUUUUUACCCGGUCGAUUACGGAUCGCCGCAGCAAGCUUUCGGCUUCGACGUCGGCCCGGUUUGCUUCAAAUAGGUCAGUGAACUGAUCACACUGUUCUCUCGCGAUUAUUAUCUUUAUGCAAUUUUUACGUGAUUACGCAUGAUUACGUAUUAUACGAGAGGUGCAGUUUAAGGCAAAGUUCGAUUUACGCAUAAUUCAGGAAACGAGAGAUUAUCAUGUAUUUAUAGCAUAAUUAUGGACUUUAUAUGUAACAUGUUUUAACUUUUUUUUGUACGUACAGUACAGGCCGAUAUUUUAAAGUAUGUUUAUAGAUAUGAUAAUUUAGAUAAAUAAUACGCUUAAUUAUGUCUAUAAAUAAAACGGCCUGUUAAUUAUU